AUGCAGAUUGCUGCUGUUCCGCAGGCCCCGCAGCCCUCUUUUAUCAGCCAGCAAGCAUCCUCUGUUGGGCUUUCCGAGGAGCCUUCUGCUGUGAUGGCAUCGUGGAAGGGACUCUACAGAAAUGUCGACCUUGGGCUAGAAGACCCAAAGGCUCUCAAGCAGAGGAGUGAAUCAGGCACCAAGGAGUACGCCGAGGAAGAGAGUGUCUAUGAGCCCUUUGAUGCUGUGGCCAGUUUGGAGGGCAAGCAAGCAGGACAGGUGGCUUCGCCAUGGCACCCAGCCGGGAAGCCAUCUUGGACACGCAAGGUGGUUUUAAUAGCUGUUGUUGCCCUGCUGGCUGCCUCGGUGUUCCUGAACGUGCUGCUGCUUGCGGUGGGAAUCAUGCGCUAUUCUAAGAUGUCUGCUGCUUUGGAGCAACUGCAUACCGAGAACAGGAAGCUCCAAGAGGCAGUCCCCAGCAGCUCCUUCUUGCUGUACAAUGAGAACCGCAGUCAUUGUGUGACUAGGAAGGAGCCCAGCUCUCUCACGCAAGCGCUCUGUGACCCUGGGGACCGGAGACAGCAUUUUCAGUGGUUCUCCACAGGCCUCCUCUUUCACGUGCAUUCACUGCUCUGCGUGGCAGCACCCAAGGCCAAAAGAAAGGAGACCCUCCGUCUGGAGCCCUGCAACGGGACGAACCCGCUCCAGCGGUGGGGAUGCCGCGAUCACGAUCUGCUGGCCCUGGAGGAAGGCAAGGAUCUGUAUUUCAACUACGGCAACAGUCGUGACCGGGUGGUGAUGCUGCAUGAUGGCAAGGGGCCCUGGAGUCGCUGGCUUACCUACGGCACACGCAAAAACAUCUGCAGCAAUCCACCCUUGGUUUCCCCGCCUUCUGCCCCACCAGUCCAAAGGGCCCUAGGCACCACUGGGCAUGGAGGGCAUCCUGUAGCAUGAGAGGGAGGAAAGCUCUUGGCAACAAAACGAGUCCAAUUGUGGAGAUAUGAAGAAUUGUGGCCUGGUGGGAAACGUCUGUGGCAGGACGACCCCUUGCAGUGACUGUCACUGUCAUCUCUGGAUCUGUGAGUGACAGCUUCUGUUCAAUGAGGUGCAGUCGCCAACUUUGCCAUCCUGCCCCCAGCUUUUUCGGCACCACCAAAAUCACUUCCCGGCUCACUUCAUCUCCUGAAUGAGGGGUGCUAAAAAGUUGUGACAUGACUUGGGAAUUCAAAAUCUAUUUGGGUAAAAUUAAUCUCUUUUAUUGUGUGUAAAAUUGCAUAGAAAUCUUUAAAAAUGAU